AUGAGCUCAAAGGAUAACUUGGCCCUGGAUCUGGAGCACGGCGUGCGACGCUGGGAUCGCGCUCGCUGGAUAUCCGUCUUCAGCUCGCAUAACCCGACUAUACGCGAGGUGACGGAAUGCUUGGGCCUGGGCUUAUCGGCGUCUUCGUCCACGACCAACCGCGGCAUUCCGAAAUUCGACAACCCAGACUACCGCAAGCUCUCGAGUGAGGUGACGAAGCUGUCCAAGGAAUUGCCAAAAGAAAGAGAUUUGUUGCUGGAUUUCGCGGCGGAUCCGAGUUCCCUGAACCAGGAGCUCGAGGACCUGCUAGCGAGUUACGGACCCGCUAUUUGGGGCAGGGAUGCGGAUCGCAGCUGUUUACUCACGCCGGAUGCGACCAAGAAGACGUAUAACAAAGAUCUGUUUUACGAGGAGCCGGAGCAUAAGGAUAUUCUCAAGAUUCAUCUGCAUCGGUGGAUCAUCAUCAAAGCUUGCUACUACAUUCGCAACAUGAAGUUAAAGCGACCAUCGGGUGCGAAUGAGUAUGAUCAGCUUGCAGACAUUGAUGCCGAAGGCCUGUCACCACAUGGGACGCCACAGUCACUCACCCCACCAGAUCCGGAUACUGUUGCAGGCGCUGACCUUGACGUUAAGCCCAUUAAUCUAAAGAAGCGCAAGAGCAAUGCUCACCUCACUAUGUCCGACGAUGAGGAUCCUGAGGCUUCGCCUAUCAAAAGGCCGUACAGCACUAUGCCUGUGAGCCGAAAGGGCAGCCCAAGGAAGUCACUCAAGUCACUGUAUCCUGCCGGCCCGGGCAGCAUGGAGAACAUUCCUCCCAUGCCGACUCAUAUGCAUCGUUUCUCGCCAGCACCAGGAACCGCAUCUGAGCCAUUGCGGAUACAGCUCAGUCCUCUAUCAAACAAUGACUUGAACGGCGUGUCAAGGCCUCCUGCUAUCACGCAAAGCUCCGCGCCCGCAGGCUUCACUGCUGUCAACAAUGGAGGCCAACUCGAGAACCGACAAGGGAAGCAUCCCGAGAACCGUCGAGAGAAGUGCACCGACCCCCUCCUGGUAUUGGACAUCGUCACAGCAACAGUUACACGAGCCCAUAUGAGCCGUCUUCACGCAGUGCUGCUAUGGCUCGAUCCGCUACGGAGACUCCUCGUUCUGCCCCGCCAGCCACUCCUACACCAGCUUCGAAUCAAGGGUUUCAAGCAGUGA